AUGAAUUUUGGAACCAUUAACAUAAAAGGGGCAGGAGGGGUGGGUAAAGCUAAGGUAGUUAGAGGGCUAUUGUCAAAGUAUGGGUUAAACUUUAUAGCGAUCCAGGAAACACAGUUCAGAGACUUACCGGAUAGAGUAAUAAAAAGGUUUUGGGAUAACACAGCGUUUGAUUACAUCAAAGUGGAUGCAGAUGGGAGAUCGGGUGGACUGUUAUCAAUCUGGAGUCCCGGGGUAUUUAAAAAAAAUCUCGAUGUUAAAACUCAAAAUUUCAUUUUAGUUAAAGGGCAGGUAACAGGGGAACAGGAGGAGAUAAUCGUUGUGAAUGUUUAUGCUUCGACAGUACCAAGUAAUAGGAGACAACUGUGGAAUGAGUUACUAUCGUUAAAGCAGUCAGUCCAUGAAUACAAUAUGGGUGGAAGGAGAUACACGUUUAUGUCAGGAGAUGGGAGAAACCUAAGUAAAAUCGACCGAGUACUAGUAUGUGGUGAAUUUAUAAUGAGGUGGCCAGAUGCGACUUUGUUGGCACUGAACAGAGACGUCUCGGAUCAUUGCCCAUUAAUAUUAACAACUGUUAAUAAUUUUGGGCCAACUCCAUUCCGUGUAUUUCACUGUUGGAUGGAUGCUACCGGUUUUGAUGAAGCGGUAAGGAAAGGUUUGGGGAAGGGGUGCGAUUCAAGCUUCAAGGAUGAAUGUGUAGCCAUAAAAUUUAAAGCAAGAAGAGAUGAACUAAAAACAUGGAGAAGUAGUGAAAAAGCAAAAGAGGAGGAGCUAUUGGCAACCACAAACGAAAACCUACAAAAAUUAGAAACAGAAGCGGAAAGGAGAAGCCUUACGGCGCAAGAGAUUGAGACUUGGCAAGGGUAUAAAAGAACAAUAAAGGAGUGGCAUAAAGCGAAAGCAAAGGAUUUAAUCCAGAAGUCACGAAUAAAAUGGAUCGCUUUGGGGGAUGAAAACAACGUUCUUUCACACGGUAGUAAAUAG